GGACCAAGGUGUGUUGCUUAUACUAAUGAGCCAUGCUGAAGGUGGUCGGAGCCUCGUGGCUGCAAACUCGCAUUUCCACAUACAUACUUGGCGCCGUUGCCCUCCUGGGCAUAGGGGCCAUCAUCCUUGGCGAGUUUGGGCAUGUUGAGAACGAUGGUACGUACGCGGCAACUGUUACCUGGAAACAGAAUGGAGCAUACAGAAUAGAUUUUUGGGGACAAGGAAAUGAUCUGGAAGCUAUUCCAACUGGCGCUGCUCGUGCAUAUUAUAGAACCGGAAUACACCAUACAGGCUGGUCAGUCAUCGAGAUAAAAUCUUCUGAAGAUUAUCCAGAUACGGUUCAGGCAUACUCCACCGGCCUUCUGGAGGGUAGCUUGACUUGGCAGUUAAUUCAUCACCAUUGGCAUAACACAAUUGAAGCGCCAUGCUCCACACAAGAAUCGAUGUGUGAAAAAAUUCGUCACCAUCUUAAAGAAAAUCGGGAAUACCAUCGAAAACGUGCUGAAGUAUUGGCAGCCAAGGAUCCGUACUGGCACAUGGUAAGUUUGUUCUACACUCAACUUGCUGGGAUGGAAGCUGGCUGGAAGUUUGCCGUUCGUCGCAGUAGAAAGACAGUGGAAAUUCCAUCUGAAGAUUUUCUGUGGCUUGCCAUGGCAUCUGAUCUGCCGUAUCUUGAAGACACCGACAAUAAAUCGAAAGUCAAUGCAGAUCUUGCAGGAAUGGCCUUUCUCAAGUUGUUCAACAAAACCAAUGGAGAACCCCAGAUCACAUUGGCACACAACACCGCAGCACCAUAUGGCAAAAUGUUGAGGCUUCUCAAAAGAUACGAUUUAGGGUACCAUCUUUCCCCAUCCGAAAAUUCUCAGGUGGUACCUGGUCGAUCGAUCGUCAUGACAUCAUAUCCUGGAGCAUUGUCAUCACAGGAUGAAUAUUUCAUUAUUGAGAAUGCAGGUCGAGAACUUUUAGUAGCGGGAACACCUCUGGCGAUUGGUGAUCAUGGUAUUUGGAGUCAGCCGAUUCUGAAAAAUCAGUUAAUGCUUGCAGUGCGGGUGAUGUCAGCAAAUCGUCUUGCUACCGACGGUCUUACUUGGUCCCGACAUUUGGCGCUUUACAACGGUGGAACAGCGAGCCGUCAAUGGUUAGCUGUUGAUCCGCGGCUAAACUCAGUUUGGCUGGUUGAACAGCUUCCAAGCAUAACACAUGCUGUUGACUAUUCAAAGGACUUUGUUAAUGUUGGCUUUGUGUCCUGCACUGGGGCGCCGAUGUUUAAGGAAAUUCGCCAGGUCGCUGGUGUUUCACGUGAUGCUGCCAGCGUUAGGAGUAAUGAGAUUGCAAGGCAACUGGCAAAUAUAACGACAGCAAGCGAAAUCGCUGACCUAAUGCACGGUCACGUUCCAGACGCCCAUGCUGCUUUUAACAACUUUAGCAUGACAUCGGGUACCGAUCUAGUAGAAAUUUUCGCUUUCAGAGGUGAUCUCUAUGCCCAACCGUUCCCUGUUGGUGUUAUCGACGCUAAAAUUGUCACAGCUGGCAUAGAUGGAAUUGAGAACUUCCAGGUUUAUUCAGGGCCAAAUUUUUCUAACAAAAUUCCGGCGUUUAAUUGGACUAGAACAUUUCCAAACGAGCCUCACUGUGGUCAUCCAGAAACCUUCAACUUUGGCAUGACAACUCCAAAGUGGGUUUGGGUGUAAUGUAUUCUUGCUACCAUAAUCAGUUACAAUCCAUUGUCCCCAAAUUAAAACCUUAUGUAUGUAUUCAUUAUUUCAGCAGUUUUGUUCAUCUUUAUUCAUAUUGCAGUAAGAUCCUGCUGACAUUGGUAAAAAAUUAAAGAAAAAUUGACAGUAAGUAGAAAAGGGGGAAACCAGUUUUUUUUUUUUUUUUUUUGCUGAGCAUUUUGUAUUGUAUCGAAUUUAGAUUGGCUCAAAAGCGACUCACCUAGGUGACUUGGAAAUUCUAUGAAUUUAAAAAUAAAAAAUUUACUUCGGU